ACCGAACAAACAAGCAGAAGAAUCCAGAGUCUGAGAAAUGUAAGCAUAGAACAGGGUGCUUCAGGAGUUGGUAUUGGAAAUUUCGAGGAGGUUGGGCCGUUGGACGCUAAUUUGGAGCCCCGGAAUUCCACUUGGUUGAGAAAAGCAGAUCUCCUGUUUGUGGACAAUCCAGUUGGAACAGGAUAUAGUUACGUGGAGGAUCAAAAGUUAUUCGUUAAAACAGAUGAUGAAGCAGCCACUGACUUGACUACAUUGUUGAUCGAGGUAUUCAAUGAGACUAAAAGCCUUCAACGCAGUCCUCUGUACAUCGUAGCAGAGUCUUAUGGUGGGAAAUUCGCUGUUACUCUUGCACUAUCCGCACUAAUGGCCAUUGAAGCCAAGACAUUGAAGCUUAUCCUUGGAGGAGUGGCAUUAGGAGACAGUUGGAUCUCCCCUGAAGAUUUUGUGUUCUCGUGGGGUCCUCUUCUGAAAGAUGUCUCUCGCCUUGACGAUAACGGCAUGCAAAAAUCAAAUAGUAUAGCUCAGAAGAUCAAGCAGCAGCUAGAGGAUGGCCAAUUCGUUGAUGCAACUAACUCGUGGAGUGAACUUGAGUCCGUCAUUAGCUCUAGCAGCAACAAUGUGGACUUUUACAAUUUUCUGUUGGAUUCGGGAAGUGAUUCAGCAACAUUAUUAGCAAUGAAGUUGGGAUUAUCGAGAGAAAUAGCAAUGGGCCAGUACUCCAAGUAUCUUACCUUAAGGAGGGCAUCUCCGGGUGGGGAUGCUGAUCUUGACACCUUACUAAAUGGUGUCAUAAAGAAGAAGUUGAAAAUAAUUCCUGAGAAUGUCACAUGGGGAGGGCAAUCUGGUGAUGUUUUCACAUACCUGGAAGGCGAUUUUAUGAAGCCAAGAAUUAAUGAGGUAGAUGAGUUGCUAGCCAAGGGAGUCAAUGUGACUGUGUACAACGGACAAGUUGACCUCAUUUGUGCCACUAAGGGGACUGAAGCAUGGCUCAGGAAACUCAAGUGGGAAGGGCUUCAAAAUUUCAUGAACAAAGACAGAACACCUCUUUACUGUGGAAAUAACAAAAGUACUAAAGGCUUUCUCAAGUCAUACAAAAACUUGUCCUUUUAUUGGAUCCUUGGUGCCGGCCAUUUUGUACCCACUGAUCAACCCUGUGUGGCAUUGGAUAUGGUGGCCUCCAUUACAAACUCACCACAAAGUAAGUAAUGUAAAACAGGAAAGCUCGCAACAAAAAUAAAGGAGAUUCAGCAGGCAAAUAAAAACAAUACUGAGCACUCGGCAAGCUUUGAAAUAACUCAACCCUCGGGAGGAAAAUUUGUGGAAUGCCUUUUCUUGUGUAUUUUUAAUUAUUAUUAUUAUUAUUCUUUACUCUCAUUAAAAAGAGUAUUUAUUAAUGUGUAAAAAACUACCGACCAAUUAACUGGGGGUAUUUUUAGAAAGAAAUUUUAACCGCAUGUCUUGAUUAUUAAUCCUGAUGAAUUAGUUACUUGUUUUUUAUAAGAAGGAUCACAGGCUAGAGGGAGUGUAUGCAACAAAAUGGGCAUGGACGGAUUUAAGGGGGGCCAGCAAGUGUGCUAUGACAAACUCAUCACAAAAUAACUAUUGUAGAACAGGAAAGCUCGCAACAAAAAUAAAGGAGAUUCAGCAAGCAAAUAAAUAACCCAAGCCAUGCGAGGAAAUUUUGUGAAAUGCCAUGUCUUGUGUGUUCCUCCUCGUCCUUUAUAUUUUGAAACUACAGAAAGCUGAAUGCAGACUUAGGGGUGGGCAUU